AUGGUUUAUUACGUGCGUUUCCUCAAGACUCCCCGGAUCCAGAACCACAAGGCCGGUUCGGUCCUAGUGUCUGCCCUGGUCUGCAUCACCACAGACCUAGGAGAUGCAUUCCUAGCUCAAGAUGUGGAUCUAUUAGUCUCGCUGAGUGUCGCUCAAACCGAUCAAGUCCUCUAUCAAGAGCCAUUGAAAUGGAAGGCCGGCAAACGUGAGCUUCCCAUAUCGCUGGGACCCUUCCCGGGCAACCUCUCGCAGCGGACGAUGGUUCUCACCGUGGCUGCCGCGGAUUCUCGCAAAUCCGGGCCGCCCACUCCAAACUGCCUCUCGGGGAAGCCUGGCGUCCCUCUAGUCCUAUCCGGCUGGAGCGCUCCCUUCGGCGGCUCGGAUUCAUCAGUGGCCGAGAAAUUGGUUGAGAGGCGGUUUGGACCCAUUGAGGUAUUGGAUCUUCGUAUCUGGGAGGAAACCGGCAACAGCAUUGCUCGACAUAUUUGGGAUGCAGCACUUGCAUCGGUAAUCUACCUGCAGCAAAUCAUCGCUAGGCACCGCGUAGAGACUGCUCCAGCAUUGCAGGACCUCCUACAGCGUCCACGCAGUAAACCAGUCCGUGCGGUCGAAUUGGGAUCCGGGUGCGGAAUUGUAGGCAUAGCGCUGGCGGAGCUGCUACCUCAAUGCUCCGUGCUCCUCACAGACCUCCCCGAGGUGGAGGACAUAGUAACCCAAAACAUAACUGUUGCUAAGCCAGCGUCCGAAUCCACUGUGGAAUUCCAAACGCUCGACUGGGAUGAGAAACUCCCAGGCAACUUCUGUGACGGCUCAGUUGAUCUGAUUCUCGUAUCAGACUGCACCUACAACGCCGACAGUCUGCCCGCCUUGGUUUCAGUGCUGGACCGACUCGUCCAGAUGUCACCGGCUGCCGUCAUCUUGGUGGCGCUAAAAAGGCGACACGAGAGCGAAACCGUCUUUUUCGAACUAAUGGAGUCUGCUCGAUUGUCAAAAAUCCGUCAAGAUAACCUUCACCUUCCAUCACAACAUGAUCAAUCAGAUCAAAUCGAGUUGUAUUGUUUUGGCCGACAAGAAAGCCACUUGACACAAUGA